ACCUUCUUACUGCGUUCAAGUUACAAAGUAUCUAAAAAUUAGGGCUCUGUUCGACGCGCAAUCGGAGACCAGUCUGUGUCCUGGACGAUCUUCUGCGAUUAUCAUUUAGGUGUUUUACUUGGAGUCUGCGUUUUGGCCUACAAUGGAGGGGGAUGAUGAUUUUACUUUUUGUCAAGUUGGGACACCUGGAGAUGGCGUUGGAGCUCAGAAGAUUGCUGAUGACAUCUGGGAGAUUCGUAUAGAAGAUGGAAAUGCGGAUACUGCAGAUGGUGCUAGUAACCGGAAUUCUACAAAUGUAUUGAACGCCAGCACUUCAUCGUAUAAGCAGGAAACUGUUGGUUCAUUGACAUUUAAUGUGAUUGAUGCAUCAUCGCGUAAAGGGGUAGAUCAACGAGCCAAACAAGGCAGCCCUGAGGGUACAGGAAGUGCAAAUAAGGCUUCUCCAGAACCCAAAGUUUCUACGAAGAAACCAGUGCCAAGAGCUAAGGUUCCUUUUGAGAAGGGUUACAGUCAGAUGGACUGGCUUAAGCUUACAAGAACUCACACUGACCUGGCAGGAUUGAAGGGGCAGUCGAAUAGACGGUUAAUAUCUUUGGAUGAAGUUAAACAACACCAGUCUGAGGGCUCCAUGUGGACGGUUCUCAAAGGGCGCGUCUACAAUAUUGCACCUUAUAUGAAGUUCCAUCCUGGAGGUGUGGAUAUGCUGAUGAAGGCAGUCGGAAAAGAUUGUACAUCUUUAUUCAAUAAGUACCACGCUUGGGUUAAUGCAGAAUUCUUGCUGGAAAAAUGCCUCGUCGGCAUUUUAGAGGAACACCAAUGAAGGUAUUCAAUUUCAUGAAGCAAGGGGACUCGGUUUCAGUAGAGAUGUCGCGAAAGCCGAGCUGGAUGCAAGACAUUGAUCUAGUGUUAUUGUUAUUGUUGAAAUAAGUGAGAGCAAAAUUGUUAAAGUGUGUAUGCCCUGUAGAGCACAGAAAUGAAUAAGAAUGUACUUCACAUUCCUUUGUAUUGAAUUGGCUUACAAUGAUAAGUUAAUUGAAAA